CCGGCUCCGGCAUUAUAAAGAGCGCCACGAGUCGGCAUUGUCAGGCGGCGGUACCGUGCGGGCCUAAGCAAGUCUUUUGGGCGGUGGGUUCCGUGCAGCGGUGGUCGAGGAGGAGCGCGCGAAGUUGCGGCAGCUCCGUUGGCGGAGGGAGGGGAGACCGGGCAGCGCGGGCUUGAGCGCGGCGGAGCCUCGUGGCACCUUCCCGGCGGGUGGGGACGAGCGGGCCUCGCGGCGUCACCGGCGGCGAGGAGCCGCCGCGCUCCGGUCUAAUGUCGGAAACCGGUGAGGAGCAGCUCAUGGAGACGACGGGCGCCACCGAGAACGGGCACGAGGCGGCCCCCGAAGGCGAGUCGCCGGCCGGGCCGGGCAGCGGGGCCGCGGCGAGCGCCGGAGGCGGGAGCGCGGCACCUCCGGCCGGCAACCAGAACGGCGCCGAGGGCGACAAGAUCAACGCCAGCAAGGAAGAGGAGGACGCGGGAAAAAUGUUUGUUGGUCACCUGAGCUGGGAUACCAGCAAAAAGGACCUAAAGGAUUAUUUUACCAAGUUUGGAGAGGUCGUUGACUGUACAAUAAAAAUGGAUCCCAACACUGGCCGGUCAAGAGGAUUUGGGUUUAUUCUCUUCAAAGAUGCAGCUAGUGUGGAGAAGGUCCUCGACCAGAAGGAGCACAAGCUGGAUGGCCGUGUCAUUGACCCCAAAAAGGCUAUGGCCAUGAAGAAGGAGCCUGUAAAGAAAAUUUUUGUGGGGGGUCUGAAUCCUGAAGCCACUGAGGAGAAAAUCAGAGAGUACUUUGGCGAGUUUGGAGAGAUCGAGGCCAUUGAUCUUCCAAUGGAUCCAAAGUCAAACAAACGACGAGGUUUUGUUUUCAUCACUUUUAAAGAAGAGGAAGAACCUGUGAAGAAGGUUCUAGAGAAAAAGUUCCACACCAUCAGUGGAAGUAAGUGUGAAAUCAAGGUGGCUCUGCCCAGAAAAGUCUAUCAACAGCAGCAGUAUGGCUCUGGGGGCCGUGGAAACCGCAACAGAGGGAACCGAGGCAGUGGUGGUGGUGGUGGAAGUGGAGGAGGUCAGAGUCAGAGUUGGAAUCAGGGCUACGGCAACUACUGGAACCAGGGCUACGGCUACCAGCAGGGCUACGGGCCCGGCUAUGGCGGCUACGACUACUCGCCCUAUGGCUAUUACGGCUACGGCCCCGGAUACGACUACAGACAGUGAACCUACAAUCAAGGAUGCCCCCUCCUGGCUGAAAUGUAAUAGCCUACUCUGGCAGCACCUAUUUGCUGCUGGAUUGGAGCACCUCAAGUCUGGUGGCAAGAGGAGGCAGCAGGCUGUGGGACUGGCUCUAGGUGGUCGGAGCCUGAAAAGGAGUUUUGUUUCCCCUCACUCCUAGAAGGAACUGGCUGGGGAGGACGUGGCUGCUCUUGCCCUCUUGCCUCAGCCAACAAAUGCAAACAGUUGGAGAUUUUCUGGCAGGGGUGUGUGGAGAGAGUUCAAGGUAGCCAGAGCCUCCCAAUGUUGGAAGUACCCUAUGGGAAGGGGACAUCACUUGGAACAAAAUUUACAAAAAAAAGAAGCUUGGUUUCCUGGGGGGUACAGAACAGUUCAGGAACCCAGUUGUGGCCUACUCACCUAGUAAAGGACAUGACAGGGCAGGGCUACCACAGGGCUGGGGCCUUAGCGUCUCACAACUUCUCACCUUUUCUUCCAUGUCUGAAAAAGACCCCAUGGCCACCCAAACUGGUUAACCUUUCUCAUCUGCUAAAGGCUCCUCCUGCCUUCAGUGUCUAAGCUUCUUGGAUGGCAGUUUGGAGUUGGGCUCACUGGAUAGGGCCAUGAUCCCCCACACUUGACCUAUAUGUAUGUGGCACCAGCCACAGGAUCAGCAACAAUAUUCCCAAAGGAUAAAGCCUGCCCUCAAGUUUCCCAAGACCCAAAUUCAACCAGAGGCUCCUAUAGGAAACCUAAGCUAGUGUGCCUCACCUCAUCCAGCAGGUUUUAUACCACUUCCCAGUUGUGUACAGGGGGUUGGCCCUCAGCUCUGGAGCCCUGGGGGCAGAAGUGAAAUAGCCCAGAGGUGGAGGACAGGGAGGGGUGGUUCUGAUCUCCAUCUAAGAGACGGGACUUUGCCUAUUUAGGGGGCUACCCCUGCCCAGAACUUUGCAUGCAUAGCCCUUGGGGGUGGCUCAGCUCCCACCUCCCCAGUGCUUGGGAAGCCCCACCAGCACAGGCAGAAAUAGAAGUGACCUGGGCUAGUAAGACCCCCUCUCCACUUGAGCUCCUUGCUUCCUGCACUGUCCAGAGGCUGUUGCGCCCCCUUCCCCUGAGUGCACUAGACCAUUGAAGCUGCUGGGCUGGGUCCUGGGCACAUGGUCAGCUGGACACGGGGCUUUAUGCUUACCUGUUAGGAUGGCAUCCAGCUUUGCCACCACAUGUUGUACGUUGUCCAGGCUGAAGCACAUUGGGGGCUUAAACUUCAGGACAUUCCUACCAGGGCCAUCAGUGCUUAGCAAAAUGUAGUUCUCCUUCAGCCUGUAGGACAGGACAUAACAGAGCCUUGCUACACCACCAGCCCAGGGCCCUUCACAUGGUCUUCCUGCACCUGGCUUUGGCCACUUGGCUAGGUUUCCAGCCACACUGCUCUUGGAGCCCUUCACAGGCCCCCCCUGCCCCCUGCAUGGGGCACUGGCUACCCCUUGCAAAACUUUAUUUCCAUCCUUUGUGCCCUGGUGUGAAUGGCUCAUAUGGACCUGGCCCUGAGAAGGGGCAUAGUCUUAACUGCCCCUGGAGUUCCAGUCUAGUCUGUAGUCCCUGCGUUUCCCACUUCAUGUAUGGUUUAUAUGAUGUGUAUGGCUUGCUUUGUAAAUGUAUGGAAAAUGUCCAACAUUACAAAGUGGUACAAUGAACUCCAUCCCUUUAUCUAGUUUUAGUAACUUCCCCUGCUCCCAGCACACAGGUAAUGUAAUUUCCAGACAGCUCUUGUCAGUUUAAUUUCCAGUUCUUUUUAGGAGGAUGACUUUACCAUACUUAAUACUAUCAUUGAUACGUAAGAGAGUCAUUUUUAAUAUCCCACAUUUAUACUUUUAACCUAGGAAGCUGCCCUGGCUAGGUAGCUCAGUUGGUAAGAGUGUUGUCCUGAUAUGCCAAGAUUGCAGGUUUGAUCCCUAGUUAUGGCACAUAAAGGAAUCAGCAAGUGAAUGCAUAAAAAAGUGGAACAACAAA